AUGGCUGCGUUACCGCAGUUUCACAGCCGAACGGGAACACUUGUAACCCUGUCUAAUGACAAUCGCACUGCUAAACGAAAUCACCCGACUCAAGAAUUUAACAACGGGGUUAUUCUUGGUGCAGAUCCUUUAAAAGAUGGUCAAAUUUUUGAAGUCCGAAUUGACAAAAAAGUUAAUUCAUGGAGUGGAUCUAUUGAGAUUGGGGUGACAACCUGCAAUCCAAACAAUCUAAACUUCCCGAUUAGUGCGACGGGUUUCCGCGAAGGAACAUGGGUGAUGUCGGGAAGCUCAAUACUCAAAGACGGGCAUUCAAUGAUCGAGGAGUAUGGCUGUGAUCUUGACCAGUUGUCGGAGAACGACCAAGUUGGUGUCAUGAGAACAUCUCAGGGUGUUUUGCAUUUUUUCGUGAAUGGCAUCGACCAAGGAUGUGCUGCAACAGGUAUUCCCCCACGAGUCUACCCAGUUAUUGAUAUGUAUGGCAAGUGUUCCCAGAUUUCGAUUGUCGACAGCACUCGCCGAGAGUCGAACUCGGCGACAUCAGUCCCUGUAGUCAGUACAAACCUAAUGACCAACGAGCUCGCAAAUGAGUUGGCGAAUGAAUUUCUGGCCGAAUUAUCCAAUCAGAUCGCAAACGACCUUGCUGCGAGUCGUGAACUUGCGUGUAACUCUAACUCUGACGAUGACGGGAACUCGAACGACCGCCUGCGGUUCCACGAGACAUGCGGGACGCUGGUCAGACUGAGUAACAACAGACGGACGGCAGAACGCCGCCGACCGAUGGAUGAGUUUAACAAUGGUGUCGUCAUGACGAACAGACCCCUCAGAGAUGACGAGUUGUUCGAGAUUCGCCUUGACCGGUUGGUUGACAAGUGGUCGGGUUCUAUCGAGGUGGGAAUUACUACACACAACCCAUCGAACCUCGAGUUUCCAGCCACUAUGACCAACAUGAGAUCUGGACACCAGUCAGGAACGAUAAUGAUGAGUGGGUGUGGUAUUCUCACCAACGGGAAAGGCACGCGGCGCGAGUACGGACAUUUUAAUCUGGACGAGUUGACGGAGGGAGACCGCAUUGGGUUGAUCAGGAAAGCAGGAGGUUGUCUUCACUACUACAUCAACGGUCUUGACCAAGGAGUGGCGUCCACUACGACCCCCACUCAGGUCUGGGGCGUGGUCGACCUCUACGGAAUGGCUGUCAAGGUCACGAUCAUCGACAGGCAGGAUCCGUCGUAUCCGAACGAACUGUCGGCACCAUUCCCGGAAACGAGGGCGAUAACUGCAGAUGUGGCCUUGAGACAUUUUCAGGGUGUUUCUGAAGACGAGUUAGCUUUCGAAGAUGAGAGUGAGAAGCUGAUGUUUAACCCACAGUGUGGCGCUCACGCUUCGGUCAUCAAUGGUCAGAGGACGGCCCACAGACCAAAUGCGCUUGAUGAUUUCAACAAUGGAGUUGUCCUCACCAGCCGAACUCUUCGGCCCAGCGAGGUGUUUGAGGUGCGACUUGACAAAAUGGUGGACAAGUGGGCGGGUUCAAUAGAGAUCGGAUUGACAACACAUUCUCCUGGGGAUCUCGACUUCCCAUCUACGAUGACGAACAUCCGGUCCGGCACGUGGAUGAUGACUGGAAACGGCGUCAUGCAUAACGGGACCACCGUCAUAGACGAUUAUGGACAGAAUCUCGAUCGGUUGAAGGUGGGAGAUCGUGUAGGUGUGGUGAGGAAGCCAGACGGAACGGUCCAUUUUUCAGUGAAUGGUAUAGACCAGGGCGUGGCUGCAUCAAACGUCCCGGACAACGUGUACGGUGUUAUUGAUUUAUACGGACAGGCAGCUCAGGCGACCAUUGUUAGCCAGUCAGACUUCCUGAGCUCUCCAGAAAUGGAGUCGAGUGUUUUCACCGAAACCGACGACCUGCGAUUCCAUCAACUGCACGGCAACAACGCCACCAUCCUUAACAACGGCAAGACGGCAGUUCGUCCCAACGCCAACGGGGACUUCAACGAUGCCAUCAUCGUCAGUAGCCGACCGCUGAGAGAUCACGAGCUGUUUGAGGUUGUCAUUGAGAGGAUGGUGGAACGAUGGUCUGGGUCCAUAGAAGCAGGUCAGAUGGGGUCAUCAGUGAAUUGCCCCCAAAAGCGGCCAUCACGCAAGAGCCCAGGUUUUAGAGUUGGUGUGACGCUGAUAAAACCCGAAGAUCUCGAAUUCACACACACGAUGACAGACAUCAACUAUUCCACAUGGAUGCUCAGUGGAUCCGCGAUUAUGAAGGAUGGGUGUGCGAUAUCAACCAUCCGCAUCGCAUACCCGCUAGAUCUGGACACCGUCACGGUCGGCACUCGAAUCGGAAUGAUGCGAUGUUCUGACGGAACGCUACACUACUUCCUCAAUGGGGAGGACCAGGGGGUAGCGUGUACGGAUAUCCCACCAGAUGUGUAUGCUGUGAUAGACCUGUACGGGCAGUGUGCCCAGGUCACUAUUACUGGUGGAUCCAGCCUGCUGCCUUCCGACAAUCACCUCCUUACAGGGGAAACAGAGUUUUCACUGUCAUCACCCGGCAAUUCAGAGGUGACCCAUCGCUUCAGUAACUGCUGUGGCAAAAACAUUGUGAUAAAGAAUAACGGGAGCUCAGCGUCUCGUAUCCGAAACUUUAACCAUGGAGUGGUGUUCAGUUCGGAGCCUUUGAAGCACGAUGAGUUAUUUGAGGUGAAGGUGGAGCAGAUAUCGAAGCAGUGGUCGGGCUCCAUGCACAUCGGCCUGACGACGAUGGCGAUAUCGGACUGCACCCCCGUCUCCCAGGUCCCUUCCCUCGCGGAGGAACUCACCUCCAAGAUCACGUGGAUCGUGUCCGGGUCAGAGGUCAAGAAGUGCGGAGUCACCAUCAAGGAGAAUUACGCCCCUUCGUUGGAGAGAUUGGAGAUUGGUAAUCGUGUUGGACUGCGGAGAUGUUCUGAUGGUACGAUGCAUAUUUAUCUUAACGGAGAAGAUCUUGGAAUUGCUGCUUCUAAUAUUCCAAAGAAUGUGUUUGCUGUGAUAGACUUGUACGGCGCGGUGGAGACGGUCAGUAUUAUCAGUAGUGCAGCGUGCGACAGUCCAGGCACCCCGAGAUCGCUGCCCACCGAUGACAGCAGUGGACACCAGGUGGACCAAGACAGAGACAUGUGUUUGCCAACCAUAAAUUUACCUAGUUUCCAUGGCAACCACGGUAAGAACAUUUGUCUGAGUGGUGGCAACAUAACGGCCAGUCGACAGAGCAGUUACAAUCAGGGAAUCGUGGUCACCAGCAAAGCGUUACCUCGCAAGAAGAUCUUUCAGGUUCGGAUUGACAAGCUGAAUCCGAAAUGGAGUUCAUCAAUCAUUGUGGGAGUUUUAGGUUUUGUUCCGGACAGAUACAAUUUCCCUGGGACGGCCAUCAGUAUCAAAAAAUCUGCAGUGGUCAUUCAGGGCGAUUCUGUCUUCACCAGUGGCAAUAAGAUCAAAGAGCGGUAUGGUCCGAACCUUGAUAAUCUACAGGUCGGCCAUUUUGUUGGUGUUGUUGUCGACGACGACAAUUGUCUCCACCUCUACGUGAACGGCGUCGACCAGGGCGUCGCAGCAAGGGACAUUCCCAACUCCUGCUACGCCCUCGUCGAUGUUUACGGCCAGUGCGAACAGGUUACGAUAGUAGGAGAUGACGUGAACAACCUCCCACCCUUAAACAGUGGGGACGAUCGAGAAAAAGCAGAUAUAGAUGAUGUGGUCAAAGAGAAGAUAGGUACGAAGCUGUGUAACGAGUCAAACAUUCUGCGGAACUGUGAAUACCAGAAUCUGUGUUCCAGACUGCGCACCUCACUCGGGUUGCCAGAUGGCUAUUUUGACGGGCAGUGCAACAUGUGUUUUUGUGAAACAUGUCACAAAAUCAGGGGAGAUAACCUGUACCAUUGUCGGGGUGAUCCUCCGAGAGAUUACGCUAUUCCAUACGGAUGGUGCAGAUUCGUUUUAACUCCACAGAAUAAGGCACAUUCUUUGAAUGUUUACGAGAAAUGGCACGCAGCCUAUCAUGGUGCAUGCAUGGAAUCGGUUCGCAGAAUAUUAGAUAACGGAGAUCUUCUUUUACCUGGUGAUUCGACGUCGAGUAGCAGUAUUCUGAUUCCACAGCCACAAGUAUUUACGGAGAAAUCGAAACCCGACAGUUUCGGUGGUUGCCAAAUCUCUUUCUCACCAACAGUCCGGUAUGCUGGGUCUCCCGAGUUUUCUCCAAAACAAAGAUUCGUUGAUCCAAAGACAAAGAAAAUUUACCAGGCCCGUGUCGCUUUCCAACUGUGGGUUAAACCUGGUUCGUACAAGGUGGGGCCAGAAACCAUAGCAACCAGUGACAGGAUUGAUCCACAUUUCAACAACAAUGAACUCGAGUGGGCCACCAAAGAACGAGGUUCAACCAUGCUGUAUGCCCUUUUACUUAAAGUGGAAUGACCCAUGUCAUAACCCUCUCGACUUAAGUGGAAUGGCCAGUGUCAUACAUCGUCUAACUUACUUCAGUAUCAGAAGUUGGAUAACAUGUUUACCUAGGUAACCGAUUGUUCGGUUUUGUAAGCGAUACCUGCAUACCUAAUCAAUUACUUAAAAGUGGCAUUGAAAUUGGUGAUAAUCUGAAGUUUGCGAUUUUUGGUUCCAGAAAUAUGGAAUGGUUCGCCAUGUUACCAUUUGGUAUUUCAUGCAAAUUAAAAGUUGCUUAACCGACACCAAAGCAGAACAACAAUUCUCGUGAAAUAUUGCGCCUUGCUUACAUGGGAACGAGGUAGUCCUACGACUUACAAUUUCAACUGGAAUGACUUAUGUCGAUCAAUCUCAAACUUAAGCGGGAAAAGUCAUCACCCAUAUGAUGAUUUAAAAGCGGUGACUAAUGCCAUACACCCUCUAACAAAGAGUGGAAUGAUCGACUCAUGCAGGGUUUUCAUUAUGUUUUGAGAGCAUAAAGCUGUUCGAGAAGACUAGGGAAGGAAGAGGUAGAUAAAUUAAUACACGGUAUCUUUCGAAGUAUACGGCUGAGAAAAACAGAUAGAUGUAUCUACUGAACAUAAGGAGGUGCAUAUUUGUAAUUGUGGAAAGUAGUUAGCAGCAUAAGUGUACCAGACAUGGUGUGUGUGUGUUUUUGGGGGGGGGGGGGGGGGGGUACAUUUGCCAGUGCAAAUUCUCAAAUUCAGACAAAAAAGAUAUUCAGGCAAAAUUAGCUUCCCUGAAACCUUUUCACCAUGUAUUUCCAUCACCAUACCACCAAUAUUAGUUGUAAUCCAUGUAAACAUUUGUAGUGAUCCGUUUGCAACCCAGUAUUAGCUGUUUGGCAGUAAUGCUAAUAUGAGUAAAUGUUAUCCAGAUUCAGGCAUUUUUGUUCAGUUCUGGCAAAAAAUGGUCUACCCCCUACAAAAAUUGGAGCCCGUACACCUAUUGUUAGCAGUAUGGUUAGCAGUGACAACAGCAGGUGCCACCAAAAAUUAACAACUAUUGUGUAGUAAGGAACACACUGCUAUGUCAUAUAACUUAUAUUUUAAAGGGUAAUGGCCUUUGGCCCUGUAAUAUAAAAGUGGAAUGGUCUGUCUCAUACACCCUUUGACUUAAAGAGUGGAACAAGCCAUGCAGUAUUCUUGUUUAUUUAAUGGUAGAAUAAGCUAUAUGUAUGACACACCCCUUUAUUUAAAGUGGACUUAUCUAAUAAAUCCACUAUAUCUGUUAUGUGAAGAAUUUGUUGCAAACGAGAGUGAUGACAUUUUGAACUGUUUAAAAAAUGUGUUCAUUAAUGUUACGUAACACUUGGAAACAAUCAUGUUGAGGUGGAAGAAUAAAUGUAUUGCUUAUACUUUAAAAAACUAAAAAAAUGGUGACACUUGUUACUUAGGAAAAUGGUGACACUUGUGACUUAGGCAUAAUAGUGUGUGCGAUGCCUGGGAACAAAUGUAGUGGUCGUAAAGAAGAAAAUGCUGAUCUGCAGGUUUAGUUGUGCAAGUAGCGAAAAAUAAAGCGUGAGGUCUAAGGUCGACGGCGGUCACGUUUCGCGCCCUCGGUUUGGCUUAGUACACAGUAAAUAUAACACAUCCAAUGGUAAUUUUUUAAUAUGAUAUAUUUGACAAAAGGUACUUUUUAUUUUAUUUCUUUCAUCUUUUAAAAUUUAAACUUAAUAUUUUGUGCGUUGUCUGCUUGUUAUAGAAUUUUGACAAGG